CUUGUUUUUAACUAUAAUUUUCAUUAUUAGUUUUAGUUUAUCAAUUUGAUAAUUGAUAAAAUGAUUGUGUCAUAUAGUCAUCAAUCUAUUUUACUAAGAAUCGAAUAGGAAAUUUUUUUUUUUGUAUUCAAUUUUGGCAUUUAGUCAAUCAACGAAUUAAAUUUUUACAAGAAAAUAAUGCAACAUCCCUCGGGUUUACCACAGCAUAUGCGUAAAUUUCUUCCAUCAUUAUCUGGUAUGUCAAGACCACCACCAUCUUCUGGACGAUUAUUAACCUCGAAACAUUUUGCAUUGCGGAGAAAAUCUGAUCGUGAUUUUACACCUGCCCAUUGGUCACAAUAUUUUACCGCUCAACAAGAUAUUACCAUUAAUGAUGGCGAUGUUUUCCGUGUUUAUAUACAUGAACAAGCUGAAUCAGUAGAUCACAUGCCUCUGUUGCUGCUAUUACAUGGUGGAGGUUUCAGUGCACUUACCUGGUCAUUAUUUGUUAAAUCAUUGGUUGAAAUUUGUCAUGUUCGUAUAAUGGCCAUCGAUAUUCGUGGCCAUGGUUCAACACGGUCGGCAAAUGAUGAAGAUCUAAGCAUUGCCACAAUGGUCAAUGAUAUUACUCAGGUAUUACUGAAAAUGUUUGAUGAAUCGAUGCCAGAACUUAUCCUAAUGGGCCACAGUAUGGGUGGAGCAUUGGCAGCUCAUUUUGCUGAUAAAUGUUGCGAAUCAUCGAUUAAUUCACGAAUACUUGGAUUGAUUGUGAUUGAUGUUGUCGAAGGAACGGCUAAACAAGCAUUAUCUCAGAUGCAACAAGUACUUCAAUCACGACCUUCUGGUUUUAAAUCCAUCGAACAAGCAAUCGAAUGGUGUGUUCGUAGUAAUCAAACAAAGAAUUUAGAAUCUGCUAGAAUUUCGAUGCCUGGACAGAUUAAACACAGUCAAACUGGAAUUUGUGCAGCCGAUUUGGUGGCAGAAAGUAGACCAGAAACACCUGAAGAAUCCCAUCAUACUGAUAGUAUGCCCGCAAAUUCAUUUGGUCUAUCGACAUUAAGUGAAAAUUCACCCACAAAAGAAGAUAAAACGGUUAUCGCUACACCGGAUGACCAUCAAUUAUCAAUCAAACAAUUUGUUUGGCGAAUUAAUCUGGCUCAUACAGAACCAUUCUGGAUGGAAUGGUUUGAUAAUCUGUCACAAAUAUUUCUCAAUUCCAAAGGUGGUGCCAAACUUUUAUUAUUGGCCGGUGUAGAUCGUCUAGAUGGUCCAAUGACCGUGGGUCAAAUGCAAGGUAAAUUUCAAAUGCAAAUUCUUCCACGUGUUGGUCACGUCAUACAGGAAGAUGAUCCUGAUUCGGUGGCACAAGUUGUCGCUACCUAUCUAUGUAGAAAUCGUUUCUCAACUCCCAAGAUGGAAUUCGAACGUCCAUUUCCUUCUUGUUAAUAAUUAACAAUUAUUAAUAAUUGAUAAUUUGUAUUUACAUGAUACAAUAAAUGAUAAUUAUUAAAUGAUAUAA